AUGGCUCCACUCCCAGAUGACUAUCUCGAACGCGUCUACGCCGGCGUCCUGGGAAAACUCAUUGGCGUCUAUCUAGGCCGCCCCUUCGAAGGAUGGACGCACCAAAAGAUCAUGGAGACGCUUGGAGAGAUCCGCUUCUACGUGCACGACCACCCCAACGUGCCAGCGUCCCCCUUCAACCCGGCCCUCGGCUCCGCCCGGGACCACGGCCUGCCGCUGGUGGUCACAGACGACGACGUCUCAGGGACCUUCACCUUUGUCCGCGCACUGGAGGAACACGGCUUCGACGCCGAAAUCACGAGCGAGCAGAUCGGGAAGACGUGGCUCAACCAGAUCAUCGAGGGACAGACGAUCCUCUGGUGGGGCGGAAAGGGUGUCUCGACGGAGCACACAGCGUAUCUGAACCUGAAGAACGGCAUCCCCGGCCCCCGGAGCGGCGCCAUCGCCACCAACGGCCGCACGGUGGCCGAGCAGAUCGGGGCGCAGAUCUUUAUCGAUGGGUGGGCGAUGGUUGCUCCUGGGAACCCGAAGCUGGCUGCUCGUCUGGCCAGGGAGGCGGGCAGUGUCAGCCACGACGGCGAGUCGGUCCAUGCCGCGGUUCUCUGGGCUGCGAUGGAGGCGGAGGCUUUUGUUUCCAAGGAUGUCGACCAUCUGCUUGAUACAGGACUUGCAUUUAUACCGAGUGACUCGGCGAUUGCUGGGCUGGUGGCAGAUGUCCGUGGUUGGCAUGCUGAGGAGGGUAGCAGCUGGCUGGCAACGAGGCAGAGGAUCGAGGACAAGUAUGGGUAUGACAAGCACUGCGGUGUGUGCCAUGUCAUGCCGAACCACGGCAUUAUGAUCUUGGCACUGCUUUACGGCGGCCACGAUUUCACAAAGGCAAUGCACAUCAUCAACACUUGUGGCUGGGAUACGGACUGCAAUUCGGGCAAUGUGGGUUGUCUCGCUGCCUUGAUGCAUGGUAUGGAUGCGUUCAAAGGUAGCACGGAUUGGAGAGGCCCUGUUGCCGACAGAGCCUUGAUAUCCAGCGCAGAUGGAGGUUUUUCCAUCGCUAAUGCGGCCAGUAUUGCCAUUGAAGUUGCGAGCCUUGGCCGACGGAUUGCCGGUGAAGCGCCUCUACCACCAGCUAAGAAUGGGGCACAGUUCCACUUCAGCCUUCCUGGCAGUGUUCAAGGUUUCAGGGGCAGUGGCUCGAUCCCUGUUACUCAAGAGUUUGACGAGAAUGGGGAUAACGGUCUUGUCAUAAGCUGCUCCGACCUGAAACAGUCGCAUGACCCCAUUGAAGCCCUGACGGACACCUUCAUGGGCAAGGACGUGUUGAAGAUGCCUCUAUAUCCUCUGAUGGCAUCGCCUCUUGUCUAUCCUGGGCAGACUCUGAAAGCAAAAGUCCGCCUACCCAGCAACGGUUCCUCAGCAGCUAGUGUGUCCCUCCGUAUCAAAGCCUACGGACCACAGGAUGAACUCAGGACUACGGAUGGCGAGCCCAUCAGUCUUGCGCCUGGCGAGGAAAAAACCCUGGAAUGGACUCUCCCGGAUGACUUCGACAGCCAGCCAAUCCAGGCAGUUGGUAUUAUCGUGCGCACGAGGGAUGACAGCUUUACGGGCAAGGUGGUCCUGGACAACCUUGGUUGGACAGGCAUUCCAAACAUGGUCUUGAAAAAACCAUCGAUCGGUGGACGUCCUGGCCAGUUCUGGCUGAAGGCAUGGGUCCGAGCAGUGGACAACGUGCACCCCUGGAUGGGUUCUCUCUUUUGCAUCGUGCAGAACCGUGGAGAGGGGAUACUUGUCCAUGGUACGCGUGAUUGGACAGACUACCAUGUUACUGUUUCUGAUUUUACUGUUAAACUCGGACAGUCCGCUGGAGUCGCCGUCCGCGUCAGGGGCCUCAACAGAUACUAUGCUUUGGUGUUCUCUGGCAAUGGCACCAAGGUUUCUCUGGUGAAAGCUCUGGACGACAAGAGGAUUGAACUAGCUUCGGCAGACCUAUCGUGGGGACUGGAUGAGAAGUAUGAGGUCACCGUACGGGCAAUUGGGUCGCAGAUCGUGGGGUCUGUUGGUGGAACUGGAGUCGAGCUGACUGCUGAGGAUGACCAGUUCCGUGGAGGGGGCUUGGGUCUCGUAGUCACAGCUGGGUCAUUGUCAGUUGGUCCCAUCAAGAUCGAGCCAGCUGGUACUUAA